AUGUUGCCAACGGCUGCACUGAAACGGUGGCUUCUUUCUAUGCUACUGCUCCUGCCAUCUACUGCAGGCCAUCCUCAUGAGCAAGACCUCGAACCUCGCGAUGCCCAGGCGUCAACCCUAGCAAAAACAGAGAGUCUCCCAAUUGAAGUCUUUCCAUCUAAGGGAACAUGUGCACUAGCUGGCGACGAGAAACUCAACAUCUCACGCUACUAUGCCGUGUCAGACUACUUGACGUUCUUCAACCAUGACGAGAACUUCCAUCCCCGCCACUCAGAGUUCCCAAACCAGCCGAGAGGCGUCGUCGUCACUUGCAUGGAUGCUCGACUGAGCCCGGAAAAGUCGCUAGGAGUGCCCACCGGCUCGCUACACGUCUUGCGGAACGCAGGCGGGAGAGUCAAGAAUAUACUUCCCAGCAUCAUCAUCUCGCAGCUCGUCUUUGGCACAAGAGAUAUCACAAUCAUCCAUCACACCAAGUGUGGGAUGGUGACGCCGCGGAAAGACCUCGAGGAGGCCUUGCACGAACAGGUCAAGCAUCGUCUGGGUCGAGAUGAGACGGACAAGCUCUUCAAAGAGCUCGAUUUCCAUCCGAUCAGCUCGCUCGAGGAAUCGUUGAAGGAAGAUGUCAAAACGGUCCAGAACCACCCCUUACUGGAAAAGUCCAUCGUCCGUGGCUUCAUUUGGAACGUCACCGACGACAGGAUCUAUCGGGUUGUGUAA